AAAGCGGAAAUUUAGGGGUUGAGUCCCGGGGGGGGCUCCGUUUCGGGGCGGCUAACCCCGAGCAGGCCGCCCCGGAGGCGCCGCCCUCCCCUCCCCGCGCACCCCCGCAGCGCCCAGGAGAGGUGGAGGGGGGCGACCGGGCUCUGCGGGGCCGCCGCCGGGGGCUUCCCCAGCCCCGAGCCGCCGGCACCCCCGCCGCUCCUCCGGCUGCCUGUGGGCGGCGGCAGGAAGCGGGGCAGCCCCGCGGCCGCCGGGGGCCGCGCCGCGCACCCGGAAGCGGUUGGGCCGGUUGGAAGGGGGCGGUUGGCGGCUGACGGGCGGGCGGGCAGGCGGCGUCCCGCUGGCGGCCGCGGGGCGCAGGGCAGAGAAGCGGCCCGGCCCCUGCCGCCCCGCAGCCCGCGAUGCCCUGGGACUGCCGGCCGCGCUGGCCACGCCGCGGGGCAUGGUGAGCCCGGGGCGGCCGCUCCCCGCGGGGACCCGGCAGGCGGCCUCGCUGCUUCGCCUCAGCCCCCUCCUCCUGCUGCUCCUGCUGAGGGGCACCGGGGCGCAGAAAGGUGAUGGAUGUGGACACACUGUUCUGGGCCCUGAAAGUGGAACUCUUGCUUCGAUAAACUACCCACAGACCUCUCCCAAUAGCACAGUGUGUGAAUGGGAAAUUCGUGUAAAGCCUGGGCAGCGAGUGCAGCUCAAAUUUGGCGAUUUUGAUAUUGAUGACUCAGAUUCCUGUCAUUCCAGUUACUUAAGAGUUCAUAAUGGGAUUGGCCCCACCAGGACGGAGAUAGGAAAAUACUGUGGGUUUGGCUUUCAAAUGGAUGGUUUAAUUACUUCAAAAAGUAAUGAAGUCACAGUACAGUUCAUGAGUGGAACACACACUUCUGGACGUGGAUUUCUUGCAGCUUAUUCAACCACUGACAAAUCAGACCUAAUCACCUGUUUAGACAAUGCAAGUCACUUUUCCGAACCAGAAUUCAAUAAGUAUUGUCCAGCUGGAUGUGUGAUUCCUUUUGCUGAUAUUUCAGGCACUAUUCCCCAUGGAUACAGAGAUUCAUCGUCACUUUGUAUGGCUGGUGUUCACGCAGGCGUUGUGUCAAAUACUCUGGGUGGCCAAAUUAAUGUUGUAAUCAGCAAGGGCAUUCCAUACUAUGAAGGCUCCCUGGCUAACAAUGUCACCUCAAAAGUGGGGCCGUUAUCUACAGGUCUCUUCACAUUUAAGACAAGUGGUUGCUAUGGGACACUGGGGAUGGAAUCUGGGGUAAUCCCUGAUUCCCAGAUCACGGCAUCCUCUAUUCUUGAGUGGUCUGACCAAACAGGACAAGUGAACAUUUGGAAACCUGAAAAUGCCAGAUUAAAAAGGGUUGGUCCUUCUUGGGCUGCAUUUAUCAGUGAUGAACAUCAGUGGUUGCAGAUUGACUUGAAUAAAGAAAAGAGAAUAACAGGUAUCGUAACUACUGGAUCAACCUUAGCAGAGUACUACUACUACGUCUCAGCCUACAGAAUUUUAUACAGUGAUGAUGCACAGAAAUGGACAGUGUACAGAGAACCUGGCAUGGAUAAAGAUAAGAUAUUUCAAGGGAACACUGAAUUGUACCACGAAGUUCGCAAUAAUUUCAUUCCACCUAUUAUUGCACGCUUUUUCCGGAUUAACCCCUUAAAAUGGCACCAGAAAAUUGCAAUGAAAGUAGAAUUGCUAGGAUGUCAGUUUAGUAUAGGCCGUGCUCCUAAAAUCACCAUGCCACCACCACCUCAGAACAAGAACGAUGACAAGAAUGAUGACUUCAGUGAUGACUUCAUUCAUUCAGUGAAGACUUCGUUGCAGACAGAUAAAACAACUUUCACACCUGAAAUAAAAAACACCACAGUGACUCCAAGUGUAACCAAAGAUGUGGCAUUGGCAGCAGUUCUGGUUCCAGUGCUGGUGAUGGUCUUCACUACUCUGAUUCUUAUCUUAGUUUGUGCGUGGCAUUGGAGAAACCGCAAGAAAAAAAGUGAGGGCGCUUAUGAUCUACCUUACUGGGAUCGUGCAGGAUGGUGGAAAGGAAUGAAGCAGUUUCUCCCGACCAAAUCAGCAGAACAUGAAGAAACUCCUGUACGCUACAGCAGCAGUGAAAUUAGUCACCUAAGACCAAGAGAAGUCCCAACAAUGCUCCAAACAGAGUCUGCAGAGUAUGCUCAGCCACUGGUAGGGGGAAUUGUUGGCACGCUUCAUCAGAGAUCAACCUUUAAACCAGAGGAAGGGAAAGAAGCAAGUUACGCCGAUUUGGACCCUUACAAUUCACCCAUACAAGAAGUUUACCAUGCUUAUGCUGAACCACUACCUAUAACUGGACCGGAAUAUGCUACUCCAAUAAUCAUGGACAUGUCCAGCCAUCCCAGCACACCUCUUGGUGUUCCUUCCAUUUCCACCUUCAAAGCUGCAGGGAAUCAAGCUCCUCCACUGGUUGGAACUUACAAUAAACUCUUAUCUAGGACAGACAGCACGUCAUCAGCACAGGCGCUGUACGAUACACCAAAGGGGCAGCCAGGGCCAGGUGCUGCCGACGAAUUGGUGUAUCAGGUACCACAGAGUGUGGCUCAUUCCGCUGGGAGUAAGGAUGAACUAAGUUAGCUCACGAGUAAGGUAGAAUGAUGGCUUGUUUUUAAAAGCCGGUUCCAUAACGCUGACAGUUUCAUUUUUUUAAUUGCAUUGUUUUGAUAUUGUUAGUCUUAAAUAAUACAAUGUUGAACCAAAAGAUGUGUUAUCGGAGGUCUGGGAAACCGGUAAUUCUGCCUUUCGUUAAGCUGUAUAUAUAAUUACAGCUUGUCUCCUGUAAAACCGUGGACUUUUUUUAUUACUGCUGUACAAUUGUCUGUCAGACAUGAGAGAAGAACUCUUCAAGCUUAGCUUCAGUAAUUCAUAGAUGUGAAUGAUAAGUUGGGAGAAACAGUUAGAAGUACGAAAGCCAGUAAUUUCUUGCUAAUGGUACUAUUUCGGGGGGGGGGGG